AUGAGGAACAUCAAACACCCGGGCGCUUCACAGCUUACACAGCUGGAACGUCAGACCCGGCACCGACUGCGCAAGAACAAGAGGGCCAGUCUUUCCAGUUCGUAUUCAACAGAUACAGUUACCACCACAGGGAGGUUGUUGGACAAGUUGAAGCUGACCGAAGAAGAAUGGGAACAAGCAGACGCCAUUGACGAGCAUAGCGGUGGAUAUGACUAUGAGUAUGAUAAUGAUUACGAUUGUGCUUAUGAUGGAAACAGCAACACCGACGAGUCGGACUAUGAUAGUUCGAGGUUUAGCUUUGACCCAGACCAGACAUCUGUUACUGUCAUUAUACACAAAACACCAAAGAAGGGCACGCCACCAGACACAUUCCAUCACUUGAAGUCUGUUCUUGGAUCAACAAAGAGGAAAAACAUUGAGAAAUCUGCAGUUAAUAAGGCAUUGGAAUUGGGGAAAAAAAUCAAUACUGUUGAACACAAUGCUUCAAGGGUUGUGUAUAACAGAUCGGAUGUUAAAUCGAUUCAUAUGGAUACCCUUAUCCACGAUGCCCAGAGCAGUAUAGUAAGUCUAUCUGAAUCUGAUGAGAGUGAUGGUAACAAUUACGAUGAUGGAGGCGAUGGUGAGGACGAUUUGGUUAAUUUAUACACACAGGAGAGUUUGGAAGACUUGAGCAUGAACCUCCGGAAAGUUGAGACUGCACAUCAGCACAAACGGUUUAACAAUAGUAUACAUACACUAAAAAGUGAAGAUUCACCCUUCACUCCAACAACACCAACCAGAUCAAUGGUGGAAUCCACGCCGUUGAAUUCGCCAUUGAAAAACUAUUCUACUCCUCAAUACUCAAUAACAAGGACACCAAACGAUAACUACUUUCAUAAACAUUCAGACUCAAACAAUUCGAUUGAUAUGGUGAAUGCUUUGGAUUAUUACCAAACUAAUGGAUUCCAUAGUGUCGCCUUAGAUUCAACUCGAAAUAUCAGUCAUGGACAUACCAAAUCAGCCAUAGUUAAUCACAACCAAGUGCUUAUACAGGAGAAUGACGUCAAAAUAGAACCGGAAUUGAUUAGGUCUGCAUCUGCACCGAUACAAAGGAAGCCUAGUAUUAAACAAUCACCAGCCCCAGAGAAACCAUUACCUGCUUUACCAGUUCAUACUCACAACAACAAUUAUUAUACUAGUAUUACUGCCAACACUACUAUUGAUACUCCUAGCACUAUUGAUGCUCCUAAACCUACAACUACUGAUAUUACUAUCAACAAUAAUACUACUAUUAACACUAAUACUCUUUGUACUACUAGCAACGAUAAGAAUAUUGAUAUUAAUAACAACAACAACAACAACAGCAAAAGUAAUAAUCAUAAUAAUAAUACCAGCAAAAACAAUUUCAACACCGCUCCAUUGCCUGCACUUUCAACGACGUACAUUAUACCGUCACCAAACCGCAAACAAACGUCAUCUUCUAAACAAUUCCACAAUACCCAAGGGAGAGAAGGCCACAAGGAGCCCCACCAUUAUUACCCACAUUAUUACAGUCCUCAAUUGCACCAAAUCCAGCAAUAUAAAAAUCCACCAUAUACUCUUAUACACCCACAAACACACCCACAAACACACCCACAGACACACCCAACAAGCCAAUCACAUCAAUAUGGAACCCCACACAGCCGAUACCAUUACAACCGCACCCUGCCUCACCCGAUAUACUCCUCCACCACGACCCGCCAAGUUCCCUAUCCAACGCCUACAAACCAGCCAAUUACCAACUCUCCCUCUACACAGAUGCGAUUCCCGCCUUCAACCACUUAUCCUAGACCCAGAAAACACAAGACACUUCAGAGUCUCUCUGGUGAAGCUCUUCCUAAUCACUCUCUCCCGCAACAACCAGUACAGCGCUCACAACAGCAUCAAGCGUACACGGAUCACCAUUACAUGAACCAUCCUCCACAGUAUUACUCCGGGAAUCGAUACCCUCCAAAUGCGAGAUACCAGUUCCCAUCACACCCUUCUCCAAAGAUAAACAACGCCAACCUAUACGAGCCGCCAUCUUCUCCAAGCGAAAAGAGAAACAACACUUUCCAAAACGUGGACCUCUCCUACAUAAUCCCUCGAUAG